UUGCAGGAAAUCUCGACAUGCGAGCCGUCCUAUUAUCGCUGGACUCAGUGGAUUUUCCUACGGUUGUACGAGCACGGCUUGAUCCGGCGAACUCUUGCUGAGGUAAACUGGGAUCCAGUAGACAAUACGGUACUUGCUGCUGAGCAGAUAGAUUCCGAAGGAAGGAGUUGGAGAAGCGGUGCUGUCGUUGAGAAACGCAAAUUACGACAAUGGAUGAUUGAGACUCCGCGUUAUGCAAAGCGCUUGAGCGAUGGCUUGAAGAAGUUGAAUUGGCCCGAAGUGGCUGAUAUUCAGUCCCACUGGAUCGGGAAGUGCGAUGUCUACCGGUUUUUGUUUCCUCUGAGGGAUGAUAAGCACCAGCCAAUGGAAGAACUUCUUGAUCUGCGUGUGGAUGAUCCAGUCGGUGCUGCCCGAGCGUCGUUUGUGGUUAUUCGCCAUGGUCAUCCACUUAGCGACCACCAACAUCGCCUUGGUAUUAGUGUUCUGAAUGGAAUUUCCGGCGUAUGGAUGCCAAUCAUUGUGGUUCCUGAAAGCUAUGAAGGUCCCCGUAUGCACUUGAAUGCGAGGUGCGGCGAUUUUGUGGCAGAUGCUUCCUUAGUGGAACAGUUCAAAAUCGUACAGGAUCGACGAGCUCUUAUGCCAAUGAAUCUCAGGGACGUCGAAGAGAUCGCUAAGUUUGGUAAUUUCGGUGGAUAUAUGACAUCGCGAACGCUUCAAGAUUGGGUUGUAAGUCGGCAACGUUCCUGGGGAACUCCAAUCCCAAUGAUCUUGUCUCCUGACGGAAAAACCGCUGUGCCACUCAGUAACGAUCAGUUGCCCCUUCUUCAUGGACAGGAAGCAGGGCAGGAAGAUACCGUGUACUACCUACGGUACCUUGAUCCGCAUAAUGAGAAUGCACUCAUCUCCCAAGAAGCGGCGGCCAGAAUGCCGGUCGACAUCUAUGUGGGUGGAAUAGAGCAUGCAGCAGUUCAUAUGUUCUUCGCUCGAUUUAUCUCUUAUUUCCUCACGGACAUUGGAGUCACCAAGCUGCACGAGCCUUUUCGAGAUCUCAUUCCUCAAGGUAUUGUACGUGGUAAAACGUUUGUCGAUUCUGAAGGACGGUAUGUGCCGAGAAAGGAAACGAUAAAUGCUUGUCGAAGGAUGGACGGCUGUCUGACCAUGUCGGCUUUCGAAAAGAUGAGCAAAUCUAAAGGAAACGGAGUUGAUCCAUUGGCUGUACUGGAAAAAGUUGGAGUUGACAUGGCUCGUCUACAGCUGCUCGACACAGCAGCACCACGCCAACCGAUCAACUGGGAAGAAUCAGACCUGAAGGGACUGAAGAAGUGGAUUGAUCGAAUCGCCUGGAUUGUCUCCGCAUACGUCAGGGAGAGGAAACGAUUGGAGGGCCAGUCGGUCGCUGUUCCCACCUGUUCGAAGACUGAAGAGCAGCUGCGAGAAAGCUACAACUUCUUUGUUCGGCAUACCUCGAUGUGUCUUGAAGAACAGAAUCUGCACAACACUGCUCUGAUGAGACUUCAAGGAUUCACGAAUGUUCUACGAUGCUUGGAAGCAGUUCAGGAAGCGGAGAGAUGUGUUUAUGCUUUAGUGGGCAUGAUGCAGGUGUUCACGCCGUAUUUGGCUGCUGAAUUUUGGGCUGCAUUGCAGUCUGUGACGCCAAUCCGGUCCCCGAUAGCGACCUCAACUCCACUUGAAGGUGUUCCAUGGCCUCAAGUAGAUCCUGACUGUGUCAUCGACUUCAAUGUUGUUGUGAACGAAACGAGCUGUGGACGAGUUGCUGUUCCUCGGCAGGAAAUCGAGCACCUGCCACUGCAAGAGUUGAUCGAUCGCGCCAAAUCUCUCGAACAUCGUGAUAUCUUCGAGAAAUUGGAGGAGAAAGGCUUCGUAUGUAAGACUAUCACAAGUACAGUACGAGAAGGAUUUCAUGCCACAAUCAAUGUGACCUUGGAAGGAGAAGUCGAUCCCAAAGAGAUUUACCAGAUUAUAAAUGAACUGCAACAAAAGUGGCGAAAAGAAAAGGUGAAACAGAAGAAGCGGGUGGAAGCAGCAUCAGGCUGA